AUGCAUGCUUUCUUGGGAAUACUUCACAUGUAGCAAGAAGAAGGGAAAGACCCAAACCAUUUAUAACUUUCUUUCUCUAUUUAUCUACAAAUCUUUCUCUCUUUUGGGUUCGGUUCAGGUGUUGGUGUUUCUUUUUUGGUUUUUUCUUGGGUUUUGUUUGUUGGGUUAUUUUGAGGAAACAAAGAUUUGAGAGACAAAAAACAAAAAAGAAAAAAAAAAUUACAGAGAGAAAGAAAAACGAUGGGAAGAGGUAGGGUUCAGUUGAAGAGGAUAGAAAACAAGAUCAAUAGGCAAGUGACAUUUUCAAAAAGAAGAGGUGGAUUGUUGAAGAAGGCUCAUGAGAUCUCAGUUUUAUGCGACGCUGAAGUUGCUCUGAUCGUUUUCUCUCAUAAAGGGAAGCUCUUUGAAUACUCCACUGAUUCUUGCAUGGAAAGGAUUCUUGAACGCUACGAGAGGUAUUCAUAUGCAGAAAGGCAGCUUGUAGCAACUGAUCUUAACUCACAGGAGAAUUGGACCCUGGAGUAUAACAGACUCAAGGCAAAGGUUGAGCUUUUACAAAGAAACCAUAGGCAUUAUUUGGGAGAAGAUCUAGACUCUUUGACCCUGAAAGAGCUACAGAACUUGGAGCAACAGCUUGAUACUGCUCUAAAGCACAUCCGGACGAGAAAAAACCAACUGAUGUUUGAGUCCAUCUCUGAGCUUCAGAAAAAGGAGAAGGCAAUACAAGAGCAAAAUAACAUGCUAUCAAAGCAGAUUAAGGAGAAGGAGAAGGCAGUGGCACAGCAGGCACUUUGGGAGCAGCAAAACCAUGGCAAUAAUGUGUCACCCUUCCUUAUGCCACAGCCACCACUUCCAUGUCUAAACAUUGGUGGCACUUACCAGGAAGAAGGACAAGAAGUGAGGAGGAACGAGCUCGACCUUACCCUGGAACCCAUAUAUUCAUGUCACCUUGGAUGCUUCACCACAUGAACUAACUGCUCGAAGAAAGACAUGCACCGCAGCUGCAAAAUGUCCUCAUCAAGGCUUUGAUUUGUUAAUAUGGACAUGAAUCAUUAUUGAAGGUAACAAAUAUGAGAAAACUAUUAAUAUGAUCACUGGACUUGAUAAUUAUCCUAUCAAGAUUUCGAUGCAUGACA